AUUGUUUUUGCAAACUUUUUUUCGCUAAUAUACUUUGAACAAAACUUCUCGCAAUGCCCUGCGUUUGCGGAUCCGUGAAAACAGAGCACGAUCCUACAAGAGGAUCAACCUACUGCGUGCAAUGCGGUUUGGUUCUGGAAGAAAAUAGCAUUGUAGCUGAAGUCACUUUCGGAGAGACAGCUGGUGGUAAAGCAAUCUUACAAGGAUCUUAUGUUUCCGCCGAUAAAGGUCGACUAGGAACGACAGGUCCGUAUGGUAGAGGCCGAAGUGGCCACGAAGGUCGUGAACAAGCUAUGGAGAAUGGGCGAAGACGUACACAACAUUUGGCCCACGCUUUGAAAUUACCUGAACGUUAUCAAGAAUCUGCUAUGCGAUAUUAUAAUCUGGCACUUAAUAAUAACUUCACUAAGGGUCGACGAACGGAAGUCGUAGCGGCCGUUUGCCUUUAUGUAGUUUGCCGUCAAGAAAAGAGCUCACAGAUGUUAAUUGACUUUUCAGAUUUGCUGCAGAUCAAUGUAUUUGUACUUGGCUCAGUUUUCCUCAAGUUUGUACAAGUUAUAUGCAUCAAAAAUUUGCCUUUAGUCGAUCCCUCUAUCUAUAUAUCCCGUUUCGCUAAUGGCCUAGAAUUUGGCGAAUAUACCUCUCGCGUAGCCUCCGAUGCCAUCCGUCUCGUACAAAGAAUGGAUCGCGAUUGGAUUAGAACAGGUAGACGUCCAGCUGGUAUCUGUGGCGCUUGCCUUUUGAUUGCCGCACGCAUGAACGGCUUCCGACGUACGGUGCGAGAGAUGAUUUAUGUAGUGAAGGUUGCUGAUAUUACCAUCACAAAACGUUUGAAUGAAUUCAAGGCCACUCCUUCAGGACAACUCUCUGUUCGUGAUUUCAAAGCUUUAUGGCUCGAGUCAGAGGCUGAUCCACCCGCUUUUAGCAAGGGCCGAAAGCGUAAUAAGCAUGGCCAACUUGAGGAAGAAGCAGCAAGCAAGGCAGAAAUGGCAUCUCUGCCAUUGAUGCAGGACGAAGCCAUCGUGAAUGUUGAAGCCGCUCGAGACGCACAAUUGAUGCUUCCACCCAAGAAACGAAAGAGACAGAGUAACGUUGCUGCUGAACAAUCCGAAGAGGGUGUAGACAGAUCAACAGCUAACGACAAUGCCACUACCACCACCCCUGAUGAUCCAGUGGAAGAAUCCUUAGCUACAGCCGAUGGAAGCGACAAAACAGGCAGCACACAAUCAGCCAAAGACGAAUCCCUUGAUGCUGAAGACAACGAGCUGAAUGAUGAAAUCAAUGAUUUUAUGAAAGACGAAGCUUUCCUGAAAGCGGCAGAAAACUUCAAAUCUGAAGACUUUAAGGAGCCUUUUGGGACCGACCUCACUGACGUUGAUGAUGACGAAAUUGACGCCAUGCUGCUCAACGACGAAGAAAUUGAGAUCAAAACAAAGGUCUGGUAUGAAUUCAAUAAGGAGUAUUUGGAAGAACAGCGAAUCAAAAUGGAGAAAGAGAUUAUGGACAGAAAGAACGGUGUCUACAAGAAGACCGGCUCGAGAAAGAAGAAGGCUGCGACCGGGCCAGCAGCAUCACCUGCAGAUGCAGCAAAGCAACUCGUUGCGUCCAAGAAGAUAUCAAGGAAAAUUAAUCGUACGAUUUUCAAUGAACUGUUUGAAGAUGAGGACAGCUUGGCGACACUCAAAUCUCGUACCAGUACCCCCGAGCCUUCUAUGCUUGCCACUCAAAAGGACUCUGCUUAUGGUGGUAGCCAGCUGCACCAGACAACUACCAAAGGCGAUGAAUAUGCUGGUUACGCUGUUGUGGAAGAAUCUGGAGACGUACCAACAGCGAAUGGUAAAGCCAUUGACAAGAGUGCUCUAAACGGUAUUCAAGAAGAUGAUGACGACGACGACGAAGACGAAGCCCAUAUGGCAGAAGAUGAAGUGGUAGCACGUAAAAUGCGUGCAUUUUAUGAUGAAGAUGAUGAUGAUUUCUAGACGAAUUGUUCUCACUUAUCAGAAUAUUGCACACUAUAUUGGACAAGCAGUUGAAAAAAUUAUGCAUGAAUCAGUUUACAAUUUUUCGCAGUACUCAUAUAAUGUAUUUCCUACUUCUCCUCUCUCGAUAUUUCCUUACAAUAAACUAGUGUGGGGGGAGACAACAU